AUGUCUCCAUGGUCCAGUCAACCGCGAAACUCCAUAGCUAAGACCUCACAAGAUCAAGCAACCUUUCGACAGGUGCCAGCUACGUUCUCGACGAAUGCAAUCGAAGAUCAAUCAUUAGCAUCAGCAAGGCAAAGGAGACCAAUUGAUCUUCGUUUUGAACAGAUGAGGUCUUAUUCCGAGAUGCCUUUCCAACAAUCCGUCUACAACUCACAUCAAAACCCACAGAUUAUUCCACAGGCUAUCAAUCCUCCUACUCCUCCGCCGAAGGCACCGCACCCGUUCUACCCCACAUAUGAAAAUGCCUCCACUUCUAGCCAGCAGGAGAAUGUUCUUGACGGCCGAAAGCAAGUACAUGAGACCCGAUUCAAUACUUGGAACCAGAGGAUCUUCAACAGUGCGCAACGUCAACCACAGAUGCCCAUAGAACAGGUUUCCCAACCCUCCCAGCAGAUCACGACAAUGAACCAACAGCGGUAUAUCAAACCAAAACUCAAUCUCCGGAAUCCGAUGGCGCUUCUUGCUCGAAAGCGGUCUCAGCGAAUAAAAGACAGUGAUUUUGCGGAAAACCAGAAAACAGCUCCUUUGAAAUUGCCGGAUGAUUACGAUCCUCGAAUCCGCGGGCACGUUGUACAUGAUUUUAGCGCACCAAGAGCAGAUAGACAUCUGCCUGCGAAACCUGAUGAGGAGGCGGAGAGGACCAAAAGACAGCGAUUAUCGGUGCCCAACCUCUUUGCGAGGCGAGAUGCGAGUCCGAGCAGCGGUGAAAGGGAGCAUACCCCGAUUUUCAAAGAACACUUCGAUGUCGGCCUUGAGAAGGCCCAAGACCCUGAACAAAAGUCCGAGUCACUGCAGAGGAUGGCUGUAGCAGCUUCACGGCCGCAACCAAGAUCCUCGCAAUUACCUUCGUUCGCUCGAAACCUCCCUUUAAAUGUCUCGCCUCACGCUGGAGCUGAAGAAAAGCCACUAUCCCAACAGAAUAUUGCUUCUUUGACGGUUUUGAUCGAGCCCCCAGACCAAGGUCAAAGUCACGCUGCACCCUCACCCUCAAUGUCACCACCUAGAGCAGCAUCAAUUGCCGCAUCGAUCUCAGACAGGAGUACAUCUGGCUUAGGAUCUCCACAACGCUACAGAAGCACCUCUUCCCGGUUCAGCUUUGAUCUAGCCGGAGUUGGAUCUUCCACCCAGGAAAAGCUGCUAGAAGAUAAACACAGACAAAAAGUACAGCAAAAGCAGCGGCAAAGUACGUUGAGUGACGAAGCUACGGAUGAUGACGAACAAUAUCUAGAUUUCGGUGGGGCUGCAGAAGAUGCGUUUGAAGAGCGUAUCCCUGGGGUAAAUUGCGAUGAUAAUUAUGAUUACGACAAUGAUAUCAGCCUACAAGAUCAAAUGCCCACGCUGCAGCGCGACAUGGAAAGCUUCCAGAUUGCAUCGCCGAACAAGUCGUCCUUCGAGAGCACUACUAGUCCUAUCAGCACUGGCGUCACUUCACUGGAUACGCCAAGAGACUUUCUAGGUCUACCUUGGCAUACUGCUCUGGCUGCAAAAUCAUCUCCUAAUCUUUCACAACUCCAAGCAGACGACACAGUACCUGCUUUGGGAUCUGACGUGAGCUCUCGACCUCGAUCUACACCCGACGAUCCAUCCAGAAAUGUGCCCACAUCUAAUGCCUUACAGCAUAAAGGACUAUUAGACACACAUCUUGUGGCUCUUCCGCAACGGCAGAGCAUUAUAGAUGAUGACAUGUACUUUGAUGAUGGCAUAAUUGAUGAGAUUGGCGAGGUAAGCGACCAAGAUUUCGACGAGGAUGUUUUUGAUGAUACUGGACAUGGUUUGUACGGCCUCCCGUUGCGGGAUCGAAAUUUGAAGCCAGUCAAUCCCAUUGAACUGGAGGGUGGUAGCAAUGCAGAAGGCAACAAUGUCACUGAGAUUAUUCGAAACAAGAAUUUUCAGAGUAGGGAUGGUCUCGGCUGUUCAUCACCCCAUCGUUCGCUUAGCAGUGGAGGCAUGUCUGCCGAAUUGCGAGAUGCUUUGACAGAGUUGGGCCAGCCAAACCGACACAUUUUUAGUCAGACUGCAGGCUUGACCCACGAUAAUCUUGCUGCAUACAAUCAUAACGCACUAGCCUUGGCAGUAAACCAGGCAGCUAUGGAUGGAGCAUUCGAUCGUGCACCUACUGUGGGGACCUCGCAGGAACCGCAGCCUGAUUCUACUGGACUGCCAUCAUUAAGCUUGGAAGAUAAUGGUGCAACUGGUGUCGAAUUUAGUCUUCCCGCGAACGAGGAUUUCGGCGACGAUGAGCUCGACGACGACGAUAUCGUUGCUGCGGCGAACGCUGAAGCGCUCGAAAAUGAUGACGAUGGAUUCUAUGGCCAAGAAUUUGGAUUUUUCGCGCGGGCUUCUGGCACAAGCGAAGUUGAAUAUUCGAAUGGUGGGUAUUUUGGUCCUCGUACCAUAGAAGGAGUCCAUCGCUCCCACAGCGGCAAGGCCAAUUUUCAGGAGCCAAGCCUGACACCAAUUACCGAGCGAAGUGAAUGGAGUAACCGCAAUUCCUUCAUCUUCGGCCAUCCACUCUCAGCCGUAGCAGCUACGAACCCAGCGUUCAACGAUCAAGCAGCCGACGAUCUCAACGUCCAGUAUGCCAUGUUGAAACAGCUGCGACGCGGCGCCUGGGGUGGAAGCGGAAGUGACAUGAGCUUGCAAAGUAGCUCUAAUAGCCAAAACAGCGGCUCCCCCAUCACUUUCGUGGGGCCCAGCGUUAUUUUGCCGUCACCUCUUCAGACGAGCAGUACAAACCUUCAAAACAUGGCUUCCUCAUUCCACAGCUUCAAUAGCAGCAGCAAUGGCCGGCCUUCAUCGAACGAUAGCGACUCCAAUGAUUCGCCUACGAUAACGUUACCAACGCAGCAAACACCAGGUAUGGUCUUACCACCAUCAUCACAAUCAAUGGCACCACCACCAUCAGUCCCAAUUACUGUUCAAGAGAAUCGACCCAACACGGCACGGUCGAGCGGCCUCAAAAGCAUCCACAGUCGGAAUUCCAGCGUAGCCGAGAGUGUCAGCUACAAAGAGGAAGGAGGAAAAUGGGUAAUUGAAAAGCGGCGAAUGAGCGAGACAGGAGAGCGAGUCGUAGGCAGGAGCGUGAUUGAAGGUGCCAGAAUAUAG